UCUAUCACAACUGUCACAUGAAAAGACUCGAAAAAAAUCAUACAAAACCUUGACAUCUGACAAUAAAAUCAUGUUUGGGAUAUUGUAAAAGACAGUCUUUCAAUAACAAGAAAAUAUAAAUAUGGAUACUUUUUUUAGGAAUUUGAGAAAGAGGCUCUCUGUCGACAAUCUGUUUAUGAAAGGAAGCGAUGAGCCGUUAAAUAAGGAAGAAGACCUUCGCAAGACGCUGGAGAAAACCGAACCGAACGACAUCAUCCACGUGACAGAGAUCACAGAGAAGCUGAACGAAAUCACGGAACUCUCGAAGAAACAGUUGGAGGAGCCGAAAAGCAGCCAACCAGACAAGUCCAAAUCGAACUUCAGCGUGCUGCAGAAGACCACGCCAGAGGAAGAGGAGAACCCGAAAAAACAAGACAAUGUUAUGGCGUUCCUCGACUGAUAUUGCUAUUCAUAAUACAGCUAAAUUACAAAAAUUUCAUGCGAAAUAAAAGUAAACUCUAA